CUCGCAAUCACGCUCAAGGACGGACGAGCAGAUUGAGUAGAAGAUUGAUCCAUCGAUUCAUCGACCGAUUCGUCGAUCAGAGGUAUUUUCGCGUAGUUCGGAAGCAGAUUUCCCUCCCUUCGUCGAAGACAUUUGAAGCUUGGCUACAGGAAAAUGCAGUCCAGCAUUCUGAAUUCGGUCCUCAGCAGCAGCAGCAGCAGCUCGUGUGGCUGCUGCUGCAGCAGCAGUGCCGGCAGCAGCGUGCGGCCCGUCAAUGGAGGCAGAAGCUACACCUCGGUGGGCAUGCGGCCUCGAGGCAUGGUGGCGAGUCCCGUCGUGCUGAGAGCGGAGUCGAAUGCGCCAUUCGGAAGGUCAGAGGGGAAGCGCAACAGAGUCGCGCCUCCGAGGGCCGAGCGAGCAGGAGCUCCCGGUGGCGCCGGUGGUCUGGACGAGAAGGUGAAGGAGCUCAGCUCGGAGCAGGCCGUCGAGAGCAUGCAGGGAGUGGACAGAUCGGCUCGCGUGAUGGUGGAUGACUUGAAACCGGUAGAGCACCCGGGCACGACCGGAUGGCCGACAUCGGCACGGGAAUUGGAGCUGCAGGCGGAGGAGAAGGCGUCCGACGCCGACGAGUCGCUCGGAGGAAAGGGUCGCGUGCUGGACGUCGCGUCGGACUCGGCAGUGGACCCCGAGCACAAUCACGAGAACACAAUCGCCACGGCAGACGAGCUCGCGCCGGAGCUGGGGCUGUCCGUGGAGGAUCUGACCGUCGCGCUAGAGGAUCGAGCCGAGGAGGCGUCGAAGCGAGACGCGGAGCUGGCGAAGCCCGACGCGGGCGCCGGCGCAUGGGACGGCGGAGUGGGUCAGGUCGUAGAUGUGGGAGAAGAGAGCGGCGUGACGGGCGAGGACGAGAUGACGCGCGACGCGGCCACCGAGAAGAUCCUCGACGUGGCGCGCGAAGGCAUCGAGGUUCUGAAGUGGGCCGUGGAAGGGAUCACGGCGGCGGGCGCCAACUCGCGCGAGGGCUUCGAGGUGGCCAAGGAGCUCCUCGACAAGCGCAUGAAGAGCUUCAAUCUGGCCGCGGAAGAAACGAAGGAGGUCAGUGCGCAACUGUCGGAGGUCGCAGUCAAGAAAUACGAGGAGCUACAAGGCUCGGCUUCCAAAUUCUCCGAAGAGCUCCAGGUGCAGAUCGAGGACAAGAAGGCGGCGGACGAGCUGAAACCGGAUUCGGAGACGAAUCCUCUGGCGCAGCUGAGCCAGGGAUUCCAGGCCACCAUCCAGACGGCGACCAAGGAGGACGGCCCGCUGGCGAAACUCGGCCAGGGCGUGAAGGACACUGUUGCCAAAGUCAGUGCUGCAGGGCAAGAUUUGGCGGAUUCGAAGUCCCCUCUCCCCGAGACUGCUGCCCAGGAACCUGAGGAAGAAUCGGAUUUCCUUGUCCCCGUCGGGAAGAAGGAAGGAUUCUUUCAAGAUCUCGCCCCGGCUAAUGGUUCCUCACCAAAGCCUGGAGACAGAUCGAUGGAAGCGUCCGAUAUUUUGGGAGAUGAUCAUGCUCCAGAGCAGGUGAAAGAGGGCCAGCCGAAGGUUGAGCAGGAGUAUGAAGGAUUCUUCGGCGACAUUCCCGUUGACCGCUCAGCCUCGCGUUCCAGGGCGGAUGAAGGAGAGACCUCGACGAACACUACAGAUGCUUCUGCUUCGAAACAAGAAACAACGACGACAUCAGGAGACGCAUCUGCGACCGUGAAGGAAGAUUACGAGCAUGAAGUAGGCAACGAUCAGUUGGAGUCAUCAUCAAAGUCUGGUCAGGAAACUUCUGGGCUGGAUGCAAGCAUCGAGCAUGAUUCAUCGAUGGUCCAGCCUUCCGUAAAGGGUGAGGAUGGAAUGGGAAUUGGUCCCGACGAAUGAUCUGUAAAAUUGUGUAGACUCAAUUCUUUCUUUGCUUUCGACCUCGACUCGAAAGGAAUGUAAACUUUGUAAAAAUAAUGGUAACAAUAGACACACAUUGACACCUGAGAACCACAACACAUUCUUUGUCGAUGCCGGCGUGGAGAGGAUUGAUAUGUGUGGAUGAUCAUCAUAGUUCGAGUGUUUUCAACCUCAAUCUUUUUUCGCCAGUCGAGUCGAAAGUGGACUCUUUCAGGAUUUUGUUAUACCAUUCAGAUAGUACAAACCUUAUUCACCUCAUGUUCCCUCACUUAUCUAAGCCCCAAAUGUUUUUUCACGGAUUUUUAGAGACAGAGAACGCCUAGUUUUUUAAGCAGCUGCUGGUCGUCGGUGUACCAACGCUC